AUGUUUCGUGACCAUGUCAACAUCAAGAACAGUCGCAUAGGAAACAAGUACCGAAUGGGAAACUACUUGCAAAGCAUCUUUAAAACCUGGAAGCAACAGAGUGGGGAGGAGAGGCAAAUGAUUUCUCCUCUGAACUUAAAUCUUUACCCUUUCGCCGUAUGCUAUUAUUCUUUCUUCCAGACGAAAAGUAUCAAGUUUAACAAAUUCGUCUACUGUGAUGAUAGGGUGAGUAAGUGGUUAGUGCUGCUGGCUUUCUCCAGAGAGACGCCAGGCGUCCCGGGGAGGGAGUAUCUUGCGGUCCGUGGAACCCCAGGCGGUGGCCGGGAUCCCUGGCGACGCCGACCCAGUAGGGACCAUUGGGCUGCCGGAAACUUCCGUGCCGGUGCCCAGCUCCGGACUCCAGUUCUGUUCCAAUUUAAGGUGAGGAGUCUUAAAUUGACUCUGAGGAGGAUUCCGGGAGAGGCUCCUCCUCGCCCUCCCCCCUCGGCUGGAAGCGAUCGCCGCCGCCCCAUUGGGCCUGGAGUUGUGGGCGGAGCGAGCAGCGGCGAGGGUUCCAUCUCCUCAAGUGCCCUCGGCCACCUCACCACGCCCCUGCUUCCUCAGCUUGCUCACCCAAGACCUCUUUCCUCCUCCUCGAAUCGCCUUUGCUGUGUCUCCCGUUCCUCCCCCGCCGCCCCCACUGCCCCAUUCACUCAAGUCUCACCAACUCUCUCUCUUUUUCCCUCUUUCGCCCGCCCCCCCGCCUCGGCGUUUUCUUCUUUUCUCGUAAAUUUUGCCGCCUUUGAGCAGCCGGAUUGCCUCACUAAAAUCGAACUCUUUACCUUCAAACCCGUUCACGGCUGCACCUCACUCGCCAAGGAAGAAUUUGCCAAACGAACUAAGGCUGCAUUCGCACUCCAGUGCUCGGGCUACUCCGGAAUUCAGAUAAAUAAUACCCAGGCAAUGAGGAAAAGAGAAGUCAAAGCAAAUAAGUGCCUGGAGCAAGUCUCAUACUUGCUAGAACUAUGGCGCCGGUUCAGUCGCAUUUCAUAGAAAUCAAAUCAAGCUUCGUUAAAGUCACAUUUCACAACACUGUAAAUCAUCGUUAUUAGGUAGAUGGAACAUUAACUUUGUGACAUUUAUGAGACCACCAGUAAUUUUUUUUUUUAAUUUACAGAAGGGUUUCUUAGCUUAAUUUUGUAAGCUUUCGUUGUUUAAUGUAGGUUUAUAGUGUAGGUGAAAUACUUUUCCUCACCUGUGGGCGGAGACUUGUAGUAUUCCUGCCUGGGCCUCCAGCUUUGUGGCAGUUAAUUCUCAGCUGGAACUACAUAAGCCCUACUCAAAUAAAGAAUCUAAAAGUGUAGGAGGAGGAGAACUUUUCCCCUUGCAAAAGAAAAAAAGUUGAACUUGAUAGCAUGUAAACCUGUUUAAAAGGCAGACAUUUCUUCCAUGUGUUUUCAUACCAAAAAAAAAAACUUCCUGUUUUCAUACGAAAAAAGUUAAAAGAGAAAGCAAUAGGGGUGCACAAAAAAUUGCAUAAUGAAGCAACUUGAAAUACUUUCCAAGCAAAAUAUUGUCAAAGUAUUCGAAGCCAAAUUUUUAAACUUACCUAACAGACAAGAUUUGUGUAUGCAAGUAAUCCUGAAGAGGUGCCUUUUGUGAGUGCUAAAAGAUAUAUAUUUUAAAACUUGUGGAAUGUAUCUUUAAUUUAUUUUGUAAGCAGUUUUUAAAAUGUACAUAUUGCUUUGUUAUCAGCACUAUAUUUUUCUUAAUAAAAUAAUUCCAAAUUCA